AUGCCAGCUAUUCCAAUCCCUCUUGCUCUGAUUCAACUCUGGAUCGCCGAUCCAACGCUGCCAUGGUCUAAUCCGGUAUGGCAGUCUCUGACACACGUUUUUGGCGACCCGUGGACGUACGACCAUGGUGGGGGUACAGUAACCCAUGUUGCUGAAUGGACAAUAGGCAAGGCUCAGGCAGUCGAAACCUUCAUGAACAAUUGUAAGGCGGCAGAGGAUCCCGCGGAACACUAUGCUGUGAAGUGGAAGGACAAUGACCAUGAAGGUCGUUCCUCAUGGAAUGCCUGGGUUAAAACUUCAUGGGUUAAAUGGAAGAUCAAUACACUGGUCGACCACAUCUUGCAGGAAAGUGGUUGUGAGCCGCACGAUGUUAUGGCAAGGAUGAAUUGCAAGACAGCGGAGGAUUUUCCGACGAUGGAAGCUGCUCAGGUGAAGCAGGCAGUUUCCGUCAAAUUGGCCGACGCAUUAUUCGGUGACGAUGCAUUCAGCGACGGAUCCUUCGUUAUACCAAACAUCAUGACGUUUAUCACCAUGGUGUUGGUAUUGACGUGGGGCAGAUAUAGGAAGGUAAUCAAAAGGCAGGCCAACAGUAUUGAGAGGAAGGCUCUCGAAGUUGAAGAGCAAUGGCUAGCCAUGACUGCCGAAAAUUCAAAACCCACCUUGACUAAGAUCCGCAGCUACCUAAAGAAAUUGGAAUCAUUGGUCACGCUUCUUAGCGUAUUCAAGGACCAGGAAACGGUCGAGAAACUCAACGCGCGUCGUGAACAAGUCAAUACCAUGCUGGCCGCUGCCAAGAAAGAUCCCACCAAGGCAGAAUCCAUUGCACGACUACCUAAAUCUCUUCGGGAGGCGCUUGACAAGCUGGCCACCGAAGAGGAGGUCAAAGGGCUUGAACUUAUGAUUGAAACCACACUGGCUGCAAUGGUGCCCCUCGAAGGUGACGAGGUAGUGAUAGACUUCAAGGAUAAUAUUGAUGUGAGCGACUGGAAGAGUGGCGUGGAGGAAUACGACCAGUGCAGCGAGGAUGACCUCUGGGAGCAACUGGGCUUGUCAGAGAAGAAACUUCCUUUUUUCCAGACACGAUCUGAUCCCGACGCCACUAUCGAUCCCUGGAGUGAAGAAGGUCAGCUAUGGCUUGAUAAUCCGACGAGUACGGCCCAGAUCCUGUCGCCUCGGUGGCACCAGCUAGUUGGCAUUUUGCGGUUGAUUGACAGGGUGUUAGAAGGUGAACCGGUGCUGCUGAUGGAUGGCGUUGGCGUCGGCAAAACCAUGCAGGCUGUCGGAUUGAUCGCAUGCCUGGCGCACUACAGGGAACAUUACAAGAAACACGGAAAGUUCCCUGGCAAAUUUGCUCAACGAUCCUAUAAGAAGACCGGGGGCAACAUACCAGAUUUGCCCACCGUGAUAAUGUGUCCUCCAAACUUGCAACAUCAAUGGACAAGUGAAAUACAACGGUAUCUAAGGCGAGCGACAUUCGACGUUCUUCCCUACGCGGGUAAAUAUACAGCACGGUCACAGUGGUGGACGGUAGCUUGGGCCAAGUGUCAGCAACCUCUAAUACGACGCAUCAUCCUGACUACAACAAAUGCGGCGCACGACGAUGCUGCCACCGUUUUUAUCGAAGGCGAUAGGGACAGCUACGGGCAGCCGAUAGCUAGCCCCCGCUUCGAGCGGACAAGUCCUAAUACUUUAUUCGGUCGAGAAUACAAUGUGACGUUCUUCGACGAAGCUCAUUGUGCACGCAAAUACAACAAAGUCCACGUCGCAGCUCGAGGACUUCAAGAGAGGUCUCACUCAAUGGUUGCCAUGACCGCAACGCCAGUCACCACAAAACCCUCGGACCUUUGGAUUAUGGGUCAGCUCCUUGGCCUUCAGCGAUUCAAGGAUACAACACAGCUUAAAGCUAUGAACCGAGAAUUGGCAGCGGCCCAGCGGAGGGAUCGUAAGGCGCAGAAAGAGGCAGGGGUUGAAGGAUCGAUACUGCGAGCUGUCUUCGUGGGCAACCACAAUCCCGAGGCUGCUGAAGAAGAAUACCUGCCCGCAAUGAAACGAUGGAUGGGCCGGAUGCGAGAGUGGUUCUCCCCUACUAUUAUCCUUCGUACCCUGGACUCCAUUGACAAUACAGGCAAAAGAAUUCUAGGCCUCCUUCCCUAUCAUGACCAUAGCUUGAAAAUCAAGCUGCUUGACUGGGAGAUGGACAAUCUGAGGCGUAUUGCGCGGGGAUACCUGGAUGACUGUCCCAUUGUGGGGAUGAGCAAGAAUUUCUACGUUGAAUUUCGACGGUCCAUCCUUCAUCCGCAUAUGAACUCAACUGAGGAACGAUCCUGGACAAAACCGAAAUCCCUGGAGGAAUGGCAAACCAGCCCUGAUAUCAAAAGUAUGAAGUUGGACGUUCUGGCUAAACUUCUUAAGUAUCAUUUGGAAUCCGACGGUCGCCAGCCAUUGAUGAUGGACGAGAGCGGUCGCAACCUAGUUCCUAACCCGGCAUUCACGGCUGGCAAUACCAACCCAAAUGAGCCGGACCGAAUUGUAGUAUUCUCGUCUUUCGUCACCUCCAAUCAGGCCAUUGUGGAUAUUUUAGACCUUCAUGGUGUACAUGCGCUGGAACUUAAUGGCCAGACCCCUAUGAGAAAGCGCAAGGACAUCUUGGAUGAGUUUAGGUCAUCUGCACGGCCUAAGGGAGCGCGUGUCUUGAUUUUGUCAGGCGUAGGCAUGGAUACCCUUUGGUCAGAACAGGACGAUCGACAGUUACGUGGGCGGAUCUACCGUCAUCCUCAGGCUAAAGAGGUGCACAUUUACCGAGCCAUCGCCUUGAAGACCGCAGAUGUCUUUCUUAAUAACAUUUCAUUCUCGAAGGGCGCGAUGCAUGAUGAAUUUGUCGGUGCUCCCAAAGAAUUCCGGAGCAUCUUCGAUGGCAGUGAUGACACCAUGGGUGAUCUGAUAUCUGUUGGUCUAUCAAAGUUAGAUGACUUCACUGACGAUGGCGACCUCAUGGAUGUCGACCCCGAACCCGUCGUAAGGAGCAAAACCGGAAAAAAGAAGGCUCGUACCAAAGCCACAGUCAAGACCGUAAUCCUUGCCAGAGCAGCUACGAAGCGCAAGGGUAAGGGAAGGGACGUAAUGUCCUUGACGGUCGACACAGAUGAUGAAUCUGAGGGCACCUCGCACAAACGGCGCAAGAACAUGCAGCCAUCGUCGCCCGUGAUCAUAAGCAAGGAGGCGGCUGGUACAACCAGCGAAGCUACAGUGCCGCUCCAGUUGGAGGGUGGGACUCGAUCAUUCUCCCUACCGUCCGCACCCAAGGACAAUUCAGUAGCAAUAAAGUUCAGGGACAAUCACGACGAGUCACCCCUCUCUGAGUCACCUUCUCGCUCCCUUCAGCCUUCUUCUCACCAUCUUCCCUCCUCUUCUUCAUUUCCAACUCCAACUCCAACUCCAACUCCAACUCCAACUCCACUUUCACCUUCACUUUCACUUUCACCUUCACCUUCACCUUCACCUUCACCUUUAUCUCCACCUCCACCUCCACCUCCAUCUCCACCACAACGCCCCCGCCCCCACCAUCCGUUUACUGGUCACAGUCCGACUCCCGAUGCUCGGCCAGAGCAACUUGCGAGCGUCCAGGGUGAUCGCUUGCGCUGCAGUACCGAGGUGGCAUUGACUGGUCGCAGUCCGACUCCCGAUGCUCGGCCAGAGCAACUUGCGAGCGUCCAGGGUGAUCGCUUGCGCUGCAGUACCGAGGUGGCAUUGACUGGUCGCAGUCCGACUCCCGAUGCUCGGCCAGAGCAACUUGCGAGCGUCCAGGGUGAUCGCUUGCGCUGCAGUACCGAGGUGGCAUUGACUGGUCGCAGUCCGACUCCCGAUGCUCGGCCAGAGCAACUUGCGAGCGUCCAGGGUGAUCGCUUGCGCUGCAGUACCGAGGAGGCAUUGGCUGGUCGCAGUCCGACUCCCGGUGCUCGGUCAGAGCAACUUGCGAGCGUACAGGGUGAUCGCUUGCGCUGCAGCACCGAGGAGGCAUCGCUUGCUCCUAACUUUGAGGUGGACUGGAAUGAUAGCGGCAACCAGGACUGGAAUGAUAACCAAAGCCACCACUGGAAUGACAGCGGCAACCAUGACAACCGCUUGACGGUGGAGCAGCGGCCCCCGCACGUUCACCGCGCCUCAUUAAUCAAGAGGAAUUCGGCUAUGAUGUCCUCUUCCACGAGGGCAGCAGUUGGCAGGGACCUGGACAAGUCUGACAUACCUCGAACUUGCCAUCGCCCAGUGAAGUUCAACCCUGUCCCAUUCGGCUUAGGUCCUAUUCAUUCUUCCAGAUUCUCCUCCAAUGACCGCAUGCCACGGCAGCGGUCUCGCAAAUAG